UUCGGGACAAUAACAAUCCAAGUUUUUCGUUGUUUCAUUUGCACUUUCUUGUUUCCAUGGCUGGUUUUAGCUCUGCAUAAAAAUCUUCUCACUUGGGCCUACUUCGUGAGUUUCUUUCUUCCAUGUUUGGUCCGCUUUCAGCAUAACCACCACACAUAAUCAUGUCCUUGUUAUCUCCAAAAUCCUCUCCUUUCUCCCUCCAUCCCUCCACCACUUCACCCGCCCCAAACAAUAGUUUUUCUUUCCCACUCACUUCAAUUCCAGUUUCCACACUAAACCACAAACACCCACUUAAAUUCUUCAGCAAUAGGAGCUGGCUUUCUCUCAGAAAAAGAUUUCAUGUCAAAUCUCCUGAUUCUGAUUCAACUGAAAGUGUCUCAGCUUCAAGUGAUGGCUCAUCAUCAUCAUCAAGUACAACUAGUUUCUUGUCUUUUCUUUGCCCUCUUCUCAAGCUCUUUUCUGCAGGUGAUCCUUCUCAAGAACGGAAUUAUACUUUAGAGGUAGCAACGUCUUCCUUGUCUACCUUGGCACGACUUCCAUGGGGAUCAAGAUCGUUAUCAGAGAAUUUGAACAACCAAGAGACAACCAUUUCAGAUCCUCCUAAACCUUUGCAACUGUAUGAAUUUGAAGCAUGCCCCUUUUGCAGGAGGGUCCGAGAGGCAAUGACUGAGCUAGAUCUUUCCACAGAGGUAUAUCCUUGUCCAAAAGGCUCUGUAAGGCAUAGGGAAAUAGUCAGAAAAAUUGGUGGUAAAGAGCAGUUUCCUUUUCUUGUUGACCCAAACACUGGUGUUUCAAUUUAUGAAAGUGGUGACAUUGUGAAAUACUUAUUUCAGCAAUAUGGUAAAGGUAGAAGUCCCUCAAUGGGUCUUUUGGAAAGCACAUUGUUUACAGGAUGGAUGCCAACAAUUCUUCGAGCAGGUAGAGGAAUGACCUUGUGGGAAAAGGCCAGACUAGAUCCACCAUCCAAGAAGCUGGAACUUUUCUCAUUCGAGAACAAUCCGUAUGCAAGACUUGUGCGUGAGGCACUAUGUGAAUUGGAGCUUCCAUAUAUCCUUCAAAAUGUCGGGACAGGGUCUCAGCGAACAAAGUUACUAGUUGAUGCAUCUGGAUUCCAAGAGGUGCCAUACUUGAUUGACCCAAACACCGGUGCGGAAAUCGGUGACUAUAAGAAGAUACUGGCUUAUUUGUUCCAAACAUAUUCAGCAGCAGCAACAUAGUUUCAAGUUCAACACCAGAGUCCUGAAUGUGAGAAAGAGGAGCUUUUUCACAAUUGACAAGCCAGUGUUGCUGCGCAUGUGUUGACGAAACAAAAUCAGCUACAAAGAAGUUACAUGGAUAGAACGAGACCCACAAACUUAUUGUACGGAGAUGAGAGAGAGAUCAUGUUCUUCCGCUUCAAUUUUGUGCUGAAUAUGCAAGGUAGAUGGGACCAACAAACGAGUAGAACCCAUUGAACUUGGUUCCAGCAGAGGUUGUAUAUGCACCCAUGUAGUAGUAUAAGAUGAUCAAAUCGUUCACUUGCA